AUGCGAAGCAUCGGGAUUUGCCACGGCGAACAAUCCGUGAAAGUAUCAAAUUCUCACGGCUCGACGACCCUUCCACAAGCCGGCUCAUCAAGCUCGAUCGUCUCCACGUACAAAGUCAAGCUUUCGACCGGUAAAAGCCUCGUGAUCGAGCUCAUAUGGCGCGAAACCCUAUCCAAACUUACCAUUUUGCCCUCGGCCCACGAGCAAAUGGCCCGAAAUCACGUUGUUUUGCGCGAGGCCCGAGGAAAGGAGCGCUUGCCGGACUCCGAGAUCGAGGUCCAUUGGGACCUCACUCGGGCCGAGUUCGGGCCCGGGCCCGAGCCCUUGUCCGGAUUCUACGUUGUGGUCAUGGUGGGCUCCGAGACGGGCCUAGUCCUUGGGGACUUGGUGGAAAAAUGGGACGAUUUACCGAGAAAGUUCAAAUUGAUGUCUCGACUUGAAUUUGUGGUGGGGGAUGCGUGGCGGUCGACCGGGGUUAGGUUUUCGAGUGACGGGAGGCGGCACGACGUGUCGGUCGAGUUUUCGGGAGGUGACGUGUCGAGAAAAUCGAGCCUCUCAGUUCGUGUGGACGGGAAGAGUGUAGUCGAGGCGAAGGGUUUGGGGUGGAAUUUCAGGGGGAACCAAACGGUGUUCUUGGAUGAUGGUUUGAUUGUGGUGGAUUUGAUGUGGGAUUUGCAUGGAUGGUUAUUCGGGCCGGUUCUGUCGGGCCGGGCUGUGUUCUUGUUCAGGACACGGGCCGGGCUGGACAAAAGGCUUUGGAUGGAGGUGGAAAAGAGUGGUGUGAAGGAUGAUGAUGAUUUUGGAUUUUCAAUGGUGGUUUGUGCAUGUAAGAAUAAUCCGGAUUGA